AUGGCCUUUUCCAUCGAAGACAGAGACGUGUGGACAACCGUGGAAGAUAUUUUGUUGUGUAAGUGUUGGGUCAAAGUUGGUCAUUGCCUGAUCACGGGCAAUGAGAUGAACUCCUCUCAUAUGUGGAGAAAAAUUCAUGGAAAAUUUUGUGAAAGAACGGAUUCGGCUCAUACGGAAAUGCCAUUGGCUGGUAGGUGGAAAAUUUUGAAUAAAGAAUUAGGGAAAUGGAGAGAUGUGUUGGCAAAAGCGAGGGACAACAUUCGAAGCAGUCAAAAUCUUGGUGGCAAGUUGUUGCCUCUCCAACACCCUCCUCAGGUUAGACAUUGA